AUGAGCAUCACUUUUCAUAACUUAUGGCUACUUUUAACAGUGUUAUGCACCGCAGGUAUUCGUGCUGACGCAAGUAAGGAGGAGUGUCCGGAUAAGGGAUCUUAUCCGGCAGCCGAGGACGUACUUGUAUUGUGUCGUGUGGCGGAACAACUUCGAGGGUUACCGGAUACAGUGAGUUCUGCUCUUGUUAAUGCCGCUACUGCUUCGAGUAAAGCAUUUGAAGCAAAGGUACAAGCAGAGGAAGCUGUGGAACUUGCCGAGUCAAAAGGCCUAAACGUUACGAAAGCGAAGGAAGCUGCUGUGAGAGCAACACUCGCUGCUGAAGCUGCGGCUACGGCUGUGAGCUAUGCGAAUGCGCACGGCACGAAAGUUGGAUCGAUGACAGAAAUACUUUGGGAGGCGGAUGAAGAGUUGCGUGAACUUGUAGUGUGUAAGAGAAUGGAUGAAGAAACAAUAAAAGCUGCUGCAGAGUGUACGGGCACAGCGGAAGUUGUAACAGCCCAAUCACUCAGUGAGGCACUAGAGGCAUUGGCUAAUCUACACUAUGGUGAUGAAAACGUUGCUGAAACCCUACGACGGAAAGAUGUUGUGUUCCACAAAGAGCUGAAAUCACUCGAAGGUUACGUGGAGGAGGCUGUUCAUGCACAAAAACAGGCUGAGGAUGCAGCUGCAGAUGCCAAUCAAGUAGCUACUGGAAAUUCCGUCGCAUCGCCUGAAAAGUCAGUGCUGCUACUGAUGGCUGGAUUGUUUCUCAGUUCUGUACUGUAA